AUGGAAAUGACAGCAGAUGAAGAUCUGCUGGUCUUUGGCUAUGCUUCCCGAAUUUACCCUCAAGAUGAUCGGUCCGAGUUUAUCGCUGAGGAGCGUCAUCUGAUUGAAUCGCCGAACGAUCCUUCAUUAAGACUUGAUAGGUGUGUCGUCAAGAGCAGCAAAAAUGCUACUCUGGUCGUAACGGACACAAAAAUCCCCCGAGGCCCCUUUUCAGGCUUUCAGGUCUAA